CCAUGGGAACAGCCGCGGCGGCCCGGCUCUCGCUCUGCUCGCCUGCCUCGGUCUCCGCGGUUCCAGGGGCGGGUGGGGUGGGCAGAGCCGGGGACGCCGCCGCGGAGAGGCCAAGAGCGGACAAGGUGCGGGUCCCGGAAGACAGCGAGGCUGCCGGGCGCUGGGUCCCGGUCCCGGUUCAGGCCAGGGGCGCGCGGCAAUGUGAGCCAUGAGUGCGACGUGGACGCUGUCCCCCGAGCCGCUGCCGCCGUCUACGGGGCCCCCGGUGGGUGCGGGCCUGGACGCAGAGCAGCGCACCGUGUUCGCCUUCGUGCUGUGCCUGCUCGUGGUGCUGGUGCUGCUGAUGGUGCGCUGCGUGCGUAUCCUGCUCGACCCCUACAGCCGCAUGCCCGCCUCGUCCUGGACCGACCACAAGGAGGCGCUCGAGCGCGGGCAGUUCGACUACGCGCUGGUCUGAGCUGUGCGGCGCCCCUGGCCGGCCCUCGGCGGGGUCUCUCUCGGAGGGCAGAUCUGACGAGGGGCGCCGCCAGGCCUGGACCGCGCUCGGGAUCCUGCCCCGCGAGCCCGCAGCCCGAGUGGGGAGGGCAUGAGAAGUCCAAGCCCUCCCCCCUCAGACCCCUCCCAUCCUCCCUCCUGGCCAGGCCAGAGCCCCACUUCGUGCCUUUAUCCUGCCUUGUACCACCCCUCCGCCCCCAGCGUGUAGGUGUUUCUCUGCUGUUGUCCUGCCGCCUAGCAGCAUGAGUGUCCUGUCCACUCCUGUAUUCGGAGACCCCCGUAUCCUUUCCCUUCCUCCUUGUUCUGUGACCAUCCUCACUCUCCACCGCGCGCAACCCCGCCCGUAAGCGCUGAGCCCCUCCUCGGGCUCCGGCUUGCGGGGCAGGCUCUCCUCGGCUCACAGGGUGGGAUACUGCAUACCAAUAUGCCCUGCGCGGCCUGCCCCAGAGACAGAGCCUGAAGAGCGACAAUGGCUGCUGUGUCCAGGAUGGGUGGCUCCUUCCACAGGAGGAGAGGGCAGACAGGUUCCCUCCCGCCCCCAGCCCAGGCCCCAGUUCAGGUCAGCGCGCCCCUCCGUUACCACCUCCACCCUUUGGCUCCCCUGCUACCUCCCCCUGAUCCCACUGCCACACCCCCUCCCCAGACCCUCCCCUGGCCCCUCAAUCCUCCUUGCCUCUGAGCCCAUGCUGUUAAUAAAAGCUAUUAUUGAGCGCUUACUGCAUGCCAAGCAGUGUGCUGAGGUA